AUGAGCGGUAAAGAGAUCGUUAUUCUUAACGAGGAAGGAAGAUCAUGGAACUUUAAUAUGACAUACAACAAAGCACGCAUGCAUACUUUUGUCAGACCUGGCUGGAGAAGAUUCUGCGCUCAGAAUAGUAUGAACAAAGGUCAUCACUAUACAUUCAAACUGUAUAUUCCGAGGAAGUUUAUGAAUGCAAAUGGUCUGGAAAGAUUCAGCGAUAUAAUUUUAAAGAAUGAAUGGGGAGGAAGAUGGACUUUAGGUUUGAGACACUACGAUGUACUCAACCAUACUUAUCUUGGACCAGGCUGGCAAACUUUCUGCCAAGUAAACGGGAUCAAAGCUGAAGAUUCCUUUAUGCUUAAACUUGUAGAAACUGGGGGCAAGCCUUUUCUCUUGUUGUGCAGUUCCAACCGUGGCAAAACGCCAUUAGAGUGUUCAGAAGAUAGUGAUGAUGUAAACUCCCUCUCCUCAGAUACUAGCAGCGGAAAUGAUAGUAGAGAAGAAUCCCAAGAAAGUGAAGAGGAGAGUUCUGAAGACGAAGGCAGCUCACAUGAAAACUUUGAGAUGGAGAAAAUGAAGAGUAGCUCAAGCUACAGAGCUUCAUCUUCAUUUAGUCAACGAUUUGUGAAAUUAACUCUAACACAGAGAGCUCUUAAAGCCGCUAGACUGACUCUUCCGCUGGGUUUCACAAGAGUGAAUGGCAUCAAUAAGCCAAGAAAAAUAACGCUAUUAGGUAAAGAUGGAGUGAAGAAACAAGUGGAUCUAUUACAGCACAACAGAUUCGGAAUAAUGCGAAUUGGAAAAGGAUGGAAAGAGUUCUGUGAGGAUCAUGGGGUAAAGGUAAGAGAGUCCUUUCUGUUGGAACUCAUUUGGGAUGAAGAAGCGAUUCCAGUGCUUAAGUUCUCAACCAAACUUUGA